GCAGUUGGCACUAUAACCUCACAGAGAGUAAGACGUCAUUCUAGAAACAGCCGUCGCAAUGACGAGUAUUAAGUGUGUGAAAUUGUUUGCGUAUUUGUUGGUAUGUUUAGGAAUAGUGAAUGGAAAUGGGUUAGGUGUAGUGUUUGAGUGGAAAGAGUUAGACUUUGCCUAUCCAAAUUCAAGUGCUCGUCAAGCUGCACUUGAAAGUAAGUCUUUUAUUCCAAGUAACAAUGUUCCUGUAGGAUUGGAAGUUUGGAAGAAUAAACUGUUUAUAACAGUACCAAGAUGGAAACCCGGCGUCCCAGCCUCUCUAUCUUAUGUCGACUUGAAUCAAGCUGGCAGGACUUCGCCACAGCUAAAACCUUACCCAGAUUGGUCGACUCAUGAUGUCAACUCAGUCGCCUCGCGCGUUAUAGAUCGGAGAAACAUUACUCACAUAGUUUCGCCUUUCCGAAUCAGGGCUGAUUCAUGCGACAGAUUAUGGGUUCUCGACACUGGGAAAUCAGACAUCCUGGGCAGCGAAGAAAAGAUCGGCCCGAACCAGCUCCUGGUUUACAACCUGGAAAACGACGAACUGGUUCGACGUUACGAAAUCCCCAAAAAAUUCACAAAGGACGAAUCCUUCUUUGCCAAUAUUGCUGUAGAUGUGAGGAACAAGGACUGUGAGGACACUUUCGCGUACAUGGCCGAUCUCGGAGCUUCAAGCAUGGUCGUGUACAGCUUGAAGAAGAAUGAAUCGUGGAGGGUAACACACAAAUAUUUUUACAACGACCCAAAGGCUGGAAAAUACCACGUGGCUGGAGUAAGCUUUGAGUGGACUGAUGGACUGUUCGGACUAGCUCUCUCAGCCGAGGACAGCGAAGACAGAUACAGGACUAUGUACUUCCAUCCAUUCUCGAGUUUUAGCGAAUUCGCCGUCUCUACCAGAAUCCUUCAGAAUCAGACGCUGUGGACAGACCCUGCUCUGGCCGGUGCCAGCGACAAGAACUUCAUGCUCCUGGGCGAACGAGAAAACAAUACUCAGUCAUGUGCAUCUUUCUUUGACGAGAAGACGGGGAUCCUUCUGUAUACUCAGGUUACUCGGAAUGCUAUCGGAUGCUGGAAUUCCGGCCAGAAGUAUACUCCGAUGACGCAAGGCCAAGUCGCAGCCAACAACGUGACCAUGGUUUUCCCUAAUGACAUCAAGGUGGACUCGCAGAGGAACGUGUGGGUUCUUACCGACCGGAUGCCACUCUUCAUGUUCAAGGGCCUCGACCGCUCUGACGUGAACUUCCGGGUCCUGUCAGCGCCCAUAGAUCGAGCCGUGGCCGACACUGUCUGCAUGAGAAGCUCUGCGGUAGUUCUGUCACCACUAGGGUUCAUUUUCGUGAUAUCGGUGAUUCACAGGCAAUUUGCUUGAUGUCAGAUGUCCUGGUUAUUCUGAUAUCAUGGUCUUAAACAGUUCCUGCAGGAAAAUGUUAUAAACGCACCUUCAGAUAUGUGAUAUUAUCAUCUAGUGGUCAGCGACCAUGCUCAUAUCCCGGAGGUCUCGGUUCGAAUAAUGGCUUGUAAACCCAGUAUUAUAAGGGAGGUUUUUCAUGCCAACUACUAACUGGCCAUGGUCCUACCGUGUCCUUUCAAAUUUAUCAUUCAAUGUCAUCGGAGCUUCGCAGCAGAUUUGGACUCUGAUCUUACGAAUUGUAAAACUGUGUGGUCUAGUAGGUUGUUAUCAAUGUUUCAGAUGAAAGUACUUGUGCUAUUAUAUUUUAACAUUACGUGAUAUCGUAACCCGGAACAACACUCUAAUGUUUUAUCGCGACGAGAACAUAAAAUGUCACGAAAUAUAUAUAUGGUUUUAAAAUGACUGAAAAUUUGUGCCAAGAUUGCAGAUAUUUGAAGCUGCACAGAAAAUUAAUGUGCCAGCUCAAGUCCUCUGUCAGGCUUUUUGGAGUAAGAACCAAGGAUUCUGCUGUGGAAGCAAAGAGCUCUCUUCAUAAAUGCACUCGUAGAAAACAGGAGGUGAAAGAAAUAAUUUUGAAAUUUCACUUGCGUCUUAUUCACGUGUCUUUCAGACCACAUUUGUUUUGGUUAUAUGAAUUGUAAAAAUUGUAAUAUAAUUUUUGAUCAAUUA